GAAGAAGCAUCAUUUAAAAAUGGAAAACCGUCAUGGAAUUGGGAAUAUACCUGUCUAGCAGCUCUGAAACUCUCCUCUUAAACUUUUCAUGUGGAAUUAACAAGAACAACAAAAAAGCUGGGACUGCAUAAACAAUAUGUGGGAUUUAGGCUAUAGUGGUGUCAGCGCUGACACUUGGUUAACCUAUUCAGAUUUAACUAUGGUGUAGAAACAGAGUGGUUCAUGGAUCCACAUAUGAAGAAAUCUGAGAUAAAAAUGGAGGAAGCUGCGAUUUAAUAAUGGCUGACAAGACCAGGUCCAUGUUAGCCUCUGUGGCAAAUCAUUCUGUUCUGAAUCUUACAACUGCCCAGUGGGAACCCAAUCCUACCGUUCCUGCUGAUGUGGGUGUUGUCACAAGCUCUCAGUCACAGAUCAAAGAUCUUUUCGGUUUGUUCUGCAUGGUUACCCUCAACCUCAUUGCUUUGUUGGCCAACACUGGUGUGAUGGUGGCGAUUGCUCGUGCGCCUCACCUUAAGAGGUUUGCCUUUGUGUGCCACCUGUGUGCAGUUGACUUGUUGUGUGCCAUCCUCCUGAUGCCUCUGGGGAUCAUAUCCAGCUCGCCGUUCUUUGGAACUGUUGUGUUCACUGUUCUGGAGUGUCAAGUUUACAUCUUUCUUAACGUUUUCCUCAUUUGUCUGUCCAUUCUCACCAUCACAGCCAUCAGUGUAGAACGUUACUUCUAUAUUGUACACCCAAUGCGUUAUGAAGUCAAGAUGACCAUCAAUCUUGCUAUCGGUGUCAUGUUACUGAUCUGGGUUAAGUCAGUCCUCUUGGCUAUUGUCACACUGUUUGGAUGGCCAGCUUACGGACCUCAGAGCUCGAUUGCAGCGGCUCACUGCUCUCUUCACGCGAGCCACAGUCGCCUAAGAGGAGUAUUUGCAGUGCUAUUUAGUGUGGUUUGUUUCAUGGCUCCAGCAGUGGUUAUCUUUGCUGUUUACUGUGCUGUGUACAAGGUGGCUCGUUCUGCAGCCCUGCAGCAAGCCCCUGCAGUAACAACAUGGGCAAAUGCAAGCCCUGCCAAGGAUCGCUCUGACUCCAUCAACAGCCAGACUACCAUGAUCACUACCACCCGUACUCUGCCACAAAGACUUUCUCCAGAGAGGGCAUUCAGUGGAGGCAAAGCUGCACUGACUUUGGUAUUCAUCGUAGGCCAGUUCCUGGUUUGUUGGCUGCCCUACUUCAUCUUCCACCUACAGAUGUCUCUGACUGGUUCCAUGCAGAGCCCUGGGGACUUGGAGGAAGCUGUCACCUGGCUGGCCUACUCCUCGUUUGCUGUCAACCCAUUCUUCUACGGCCUGUUGAACAGACAGAUCAGAGAGGAGCUGGUAAAGUUUAGACGUUGCUGCCUUACACAGCCUUUGGAGUUUGGGGCAUCAAGCCAAGAGGGUUCGUUUCAGGAAAACUUCCUGCAGUUCAUCCAAAGAACCACUAGUACAACUGAAACUCGAUCCAACUGUGCCAACUCCAGUCCCCAACCAUCCACUAACCAUACUGUGGAUCAAGUAAAUAAGAUACCUGGACAAAUACCAGAAGAGCAUGCUUAAACAAUGAUGAGCAGAAGUUGUGUACUACAGAGCUAAUAUGUAGUCACUGUCACUGUUCGUUGUUUUUGCAAGACAUUUUAUCUUUAUCAAUAUGUUUCUGCAGGCCACUGCAGGCCACUUUUGAAGGAAUAAGUGAUGGUGGACAAAAUCCAGUGGCCUCUAUAAACAAAAGGAACAGUUACAAUAAUGCUUUUAACAUACAUAUGGACAUUGAUAGUAUUGUUUUAAGAUAGUAUUGGAAAAAAUCUGUUCAAGUACAAAUAUAAUGUUUUGGAUAUUUUAUCUUUUAAUUAUGAUAAGUGUUCCUAUUUAGGUCAAGGGACUGUGGUUGUACUGUAACCUGAAUUAUUGAAAUGAUGAUCUAUUCUCCCAUGUAAAUUUACCUUUCUCUGAUUUCUCUUAUUUUAACAGUUUUUGUGGUAAUUUUCUAUAUGUUUAUAAAUGUAAAUCUGGAAUGAAUGUAAAUCUGGAAUACUGCAAUAAUAAGGUCUUGAGAGUUGGUUGCCGGUUUCCUCUCAAUAACAAGUAUAUUAUAUAUCUCAAUAAUAAUGUAUAUUUAAAUGCUAUUUUUGUGUUGACAUUUUUAAAGUGCUAAAUGUU